CGUUUGCCUGGAACCUUAGCGUCUGUCUUUAUAAGGAAGCGACUCUCCUUUCAAACGCUAGAGUAUUUGCGGCUGUCUGAGAACAAGAAAGUGGAAUCCUGCAAUAUGAGAUUCUUAGUGAUAUUAGCAUGCGUAUUGGCUGGCUGCCUGGCACAGAAACCUCACCCGUGCAAAAGUCCUCCUCUUAUGACUGGGGGCCUCAGUGUGUCCACACAGAAUGAGAAGCUGUGGCUGUAUGCCCGAUACGUGUAUGAUGCACUUGGACAGCGGAUACGGCUCAUGGAGAUGGGCAGCUACGAAAACAAGACUUUCACCGCUGAUGUUCUUCUGCUCUUCAAACAGUCUACCCUCUAUGAGAUUAAUGACCGUGCUCGCACAUGCAAGAAGAUGCCACUGAAACCAGACUUUCACCCUCUGGAAAUCCCACAAACUGCAUCUUUACUGGCCCAGCUUGUUUUGGGCAGCUCGUCAGGACCUGGAGAAGGACUGCUGGUGAACACUUGGACAGGAGAUAUGCCUGACAAAGGAGGAAAGUACAUAAGCACGGUCACUGAAUUCGGAUGCAUCCCCGUCAGUACACUGGCCCAGACAAGCCAGUAUGGAUGGGUAUUGACAAGCUUCUUCAACAACGUCAUUGGGAUCUCGGACCCCACUCUCCUCACUCCGCCGAGCUUUUGUCCCGACGCAGAGCUGGAAGCUGACAGCGAAGAGGAGCCAGUAGACUUCUUCGGCUUGUUCUUUAAGAACUGAGGGGCUCCUUUAACCAGCUUCACAAACCCUUCUUUGAGAUUUUAGACAAAACAAGUUGAGCGACUGAAUCAUAGCCUUGUUAUACUAAAAGCAUGUGAAACUAUCACACAACUAGAUAUACUAUGUUAUGUUCAGAGCUUGCUUGGCUGUCACUUACAUACACAACCACUGAAGGGAAGUGAAUAACAUUGAUUAUCUGGAUGCAGUGCAAUGUUGAGUCCUGGCAUUCAUUGGGAUGUUACUUUUUACUUUUACCACCUACUAUAUUAAUGCUGUGGAUGAUUGUGUGUACGCUUCCACUUUCUAUGGAUGCACUGACAAGUGACCAAAUAAUUUGGAUCAAUAAAAUCUAUCAAUAGCAAAGGAAAUGCUUACA